CAUCAGAAUUUGCAACCGAAGCCGAAGUGAAUCGAUCGAGGCAGCGAAGGGAAGCGUCGGGUGGUGCCGCCACUGUUGUUGCAGCCAUGGCUGCUGUUGCAGAAACCUACUCAGCAAGAAACCCAGAUACAGUCCACACCGACGUCCUCUCUAGAGCUCGCGAGUCUUGCUACAAGGCUCGCGAUGCUUUCUACGCGUGCGUAGAGAAGGAAUCGAGCAAGAAGCCGACGGAGAUCGGCUCCGUCGGAUUAUUGUACCCCUCCGAGUGUAAAAAAUCGAGGGCCGAGUACGAGAAUCGAUGUCGAGCUUCUUGGGUGAAGCAUUUUGAUAGGCAGUACUGUAGGAACAAGACACUUCGGAGGCUCUUGGACGAUAAGGAUUCAAAGCGCGGUCCUUUAACGCUCCCGCAGCCUUCCACUUUCAAAACUCCCAGUUGAGAUUUGCUCUGCAUUCCUUGCUUGGUGGGAUGUGUUUAUGUUUCGGGAGCUUCGUCGAGAGCCGCAACGAAAACAAUCGGCAAGAAGGGAUGCAGAAAUUUUUCUCUACAUGAAUUGCUUGCUUAGGAGCAGUACAUGUAGUUAAGUCAGACAACUUAUAAAGUGAUAUGCCCUGUCUACAUAGAUUUAAGAUGGAAAAAAUUAUUGUUCCUUCGCAUCACGACAUGAACGAUUAACCGGGUAUGCUCGGGUUCCUACAUUGCCUUCUUUCCUUCUCUAGUUUCUUGAAUCAAUGAUUCCGCUUCUUUAUGAAGUUCUCUUU